CUGGAAGAGUCCCUUGGCGCCACGGAGAGAUACGGGGAGCUGGAGCGGGGCCUGUGAGUGGUGGCCCAGAAGGAUGGGAAGCCCCUGUAGGAUGAAACACAAAGUUUUGGAAAGCCCUUUGGGAAAAAUAGAAAUCUCUGGAUGUGAUGCUGGAGUGCAUAGAAUAAAACUUCUGGAAAAAAUGUUCCCAAGACCUGGGAGCCGCAGAGACGGCAUCGAGGCCUCCUUUACCAGGGAAGGACUCAAGGGCCCAAAGGAAAUGACCACAGAGUUGGACAAGUGUGCUGCCUGGCUGGAGGCCUAUUUCUGUGCACCAGAGACCGUGGAGGGCCUCCCCCUGCCUGCCUUCCAUCAUCCCUUUUUCCAGCAAGACUCCUUCAGAAGACGGGUGUUGUACAAGCUGAUGACGGCAGUGAAAUUCGGCGACACCGUUUCUUACGGACAGCUCGCGGCCCUGGCAGGGAACAGUCGCGCGGCCAGAGCUGUGGGGGGCGUCAUGAGGCACAACCCGGUCCCCAUCAUCAUCCCGUGCCACCGCGUGAUCUGUAGCAGCGGAAAGACGGGCAACUACACGGGAGGAGUGGGCGUGAAGGAGUGGCUUCUGGAGCACGAGAAGCCCCUGAAAAGGAAGGGGGCCAACUAACGCUGCUGCCCACCACCGCCGGGCCAGCCCGGACCCCCGCCUGGCAGCCGGAUCGCCACACACAUCCCCAGGCAGAAUUCAGCGUCUGGGGGGCGGGAUGAGCGUGGGAGGCUUCCACAGAGAGGAUGCAGCCUCAGGGGGCAGCGGGCCAAUAUGGGGUGGGACCCCGAGGUUAAACAAGCAGCCUGGCUCCUGGGGGGCCCCACGCCAGGCCCCCUUUCUGGCAGGAGCCCGGCGCCUAGCAUCGGCGCCUCUAUUUUGUUCCCAUCUCCAGCCCUGUUUUUGUUCUAUUUUUAAUACCCAUUAAAGCAAGGGUAAGGGGGGAGCAGGACCUGGAGGGAGAGGUGCCGCUGCCCCUCGAAGGAAGCAUCUGGCGUAGCGAGGGGGCAGAAGCUGCCACCCGGCCCCCCUGGUUCCUGCUCCCCUCGUGUUUGUGCAGGCUGGAAAGCUGUCCCUCUGCCAGGAUCGCUGCCCAGAUUCCCUGCUUGCUUUGCUGUUUUCCAUAAACAGCUCCUAAUGCCCGCUCGGCGUCCCUCCCAUUCAGAGCCCGCCUUUUCCCCAUCCUGGAGAGGGGAAAGCAAUGGUGGCCGAGGGCCCACUCGGACUCCUGUCCCCCGAGGAGGCGGCGGUGCCUGGUGUCCUCCCUGCCCACCUCCUUCUGCGCAGGGCCCAACCUUGGGGUGAAUAAAGCUCUCUGGCUGCCA